AUGGCAAUCGAUCGAGGGAAGAAGAAGAAAUAUUGCAUUUUUGAGGCCAUUUGGAUCUGUUUGCGAUGCACCCAGCCUUCUGAAUCCUGCUUGAAUGGUGGAAAGUGCGAAACCUAUCAAAACGGAACAGGAGCAUGUCUAUGCUCCAGUGACUUCGUCGGGCAGCGGUGCCAGUUCCCAAAUUUGUGCCUCAGCUCCCCCUGCAACAACGGCGGCACCUGCCACCCCGUGGUAGAGGGCAGCACCCCGGAUUACGUCUGCUCCUGCCCGCUGGGCUACAUCGAUAAGCUGUGCUUGACCAUUGAGGAGAACGCCUGCCUGAGCGGCCCCUGUCGCAACGGAGGAAGCUGUGACCUCGUCACCUUGACCGAGUACAAAUGCCGCUGCCCUCCAGGCUGGUCAGGCAAGACGUGUCAGCAGGCCGAUCCUUGUGCCUCCAACCCCUGUGCCAACGGCGGGCAGUGCGUGCCCUUUGAGUCCAGCUACGUGUGCCGGUGUCCCCAGGGCUUCCACGGGGCCACUUGCAAGGAAGAUUUCAACGAGUGCAGCCGGACGCCGCCCAUCUGCAAGAACGGGGGCACCUGCGUCAACGAGAUCGGCUCCUACCAGUGCCACUGCCGGCAGGCCUUCACCGGCGACAACUGCGAACACCUCUACAUGCCCUGCAACCCCUCACCUUGCCAGAACGGGGGCACCUGCCAGCAGACCGGAGACGUGGCUUACGAGUGCACCUGCCUUGCAGGUUUCGCGGGCCAGAACUGCGAAGAGAAUCUUGACGACUGUCCCGGAAACAGCUGCAGGAACGGAGGCACCUGUGUGGAUGGGGUGAACACCUACAACUGCCAGUGCCCACCUGAAUGGACAGGCCAGUACUGCACCGAAGAUGUGGAUGAAUGUCAGUUAAUUCCCAACGCUUGCCAGAACGGUGGCACCUGCCACAACACCCAUGGCGACUACAACUGUGUCUGUGUGAAUGGUUGGACCGGGGAGGAUUGCAGCGAGAACAUCGACGACUGCGCCAGUGCAGCGUGCUCCCUGGGGGCCACUUGCCACGACCGGGUGGCCUCAUUCUACUGCGAGUGCCCACAUGGACGCACAGGCUUGCUGUGCCACCUGGAAGAUGCCUGCAUCAGCAACCCUUGCAACGAAGGGUCCAACUGCGACACCAACCCCGUCACCGGGAGGGCCAUUUGCACCUGCCCCACGGGGUACAUGGGGCCCGCCUGCAACAAGGACGUGGAUGAAUGCUUGCUGGGUGCCAACCCCUGCGAGCAUGCUGGGAAAUGCCUGAACACGGAGGGCUCUUUCUAUUGCCAAUGCCAGAUGGGCUACUCGGGUCCCCGGUGCGAGAUAGACGUCAAUGAGUGCUCCUCCAACCCCUGCCAGAAUGAUGCCACCUGCUUGGACCAGAUUGGGGUCUUCCAGUGCAUUUGCAUGCCAGGUUACGAGGGGGUCUACUGCGAAAUCAACACGGACGAGUGUGCCAGCAGCCCCUGCCUGCACAAUGGAAACUGCGUGGACAAGAUCAACGAAUUUGCCUGCGUGUGCCCCGUGGGGUUUAAUGGCCACCUGUGUCAACAUGACAUCGACGAAUGUGCUAGCACACCCUGCAAGAACGGAGCCAAAUGCGUGGACGCACCAAACGCUUACAUGUGUGAAUGCACAGAAGGCUUUUCGGGCACUCACUGCGAGACAGACAUCAACGAUUGUGACCCCGAUCCCUGCCACUACGGCACAUGCCAAGAUGGUAUUGCCACCUACAACUGCCUCUGCCAGCCUGGGUACACCGGGCGCCUCUGCGACACUAACAUCAACGAGUGCCAAAGCCAACCUUGCAAGAAUGGGGGCACCUGCCAGGACAGGAACAACGCCUACACCUGCGUCUGCCUCCGAGGCACGACAGGGCCCAAUUGCGAGAUCAACCAGGACGAAUGUGCCAGCAACCCGUGUGAUUAUGGCAAGUGCGUGGACAAGAUCAACGGCUACGAGUGCGCCUGUGAACCGGGAUACACAGGGAGGAUGUGCAGCCUCAACGUGGACGAGUGUGAAAGCAACCCUUGCCACAACGGGGGCACCUGCAAGGAUGGCAUCAACGGAUUCACGUGUCUCUGCCCGGAAGGCUUCCAUGACUCCAUGUGCCUCUCGGAAGUGAAUGAGUGCAGCAGCAACCCUUGCGUCCACGGGAGAUGCCAUGACGGGCUGAACGGCUACAAGUGCAAUUGCGACGCAGGCUGGAGUGGGACAAACUGCGACAUCAAUAACAACGAAUGCGAGUCCAACCCUUGUGUGAACGGUGGAACCUGCAAGGAUAUGACCAGCAGUUACAUUUGCACCUGCCAGGAGGGAUUCAGUGGACACAACUGCCAAUUCAACAUCAACGAAUGUGCCUCCAACCCUUGCCUGAACCAGGGGACCUGCAUUGACGAUGUGGCUCGCUACCAGUGCAACUGCCUCCCACCCUAUACAGCCAUGCCUCCUCCCCCCCCGCCAGGCGUACACUGUGAGAUCAACAUUGACGACUGCAGCCCUGCCACCGACCCGCGGACCCUGACGCCCAAGUGCUUCAACCAGGGGAAGUGCGUUGACAAGGUGGGGGGCUACAGCUGCAUCUGCCUGCCCGGCUUCGUGGGAGAGCGCUGCGAGGGGGACGUCAACGAGUGCCUCUCGAACCCCUGCGACCAGCGGGGCACCCAGAACUGUGUGCAGCGAGUCAACGAUUACAAGUGUGAAUGCCGUCCAGGAUACACGGGACGGCGUUGUGAAACGGUCUUCAAUGGCUGCCAGAAGGGUCUUUGCCAGAACGGGGGCACCUGCGCCGUGGCCAGCAACACAAAACACGGCUACAUCUGCAAGUGUCCUCCGGGCUUGGACGGCAUCACGUGUGAAAACGACCUGCGCAGCUGCGGGAUGCUGCGGUGCCUGAACGGCGGCACCUGCGUCGCCAGCGCCAGGCAGUCCAGGUGCAUGUGCGCGCCGGGUUUCACCGGCCCCGAGUGCCAGUUCCCCCCGCACAGCCCGUGCCACUCGGGCCCCUGUUACAACGAGGGCACAUGCCAGUUCCUCCCGGAGCCGCCCCACUACCGCUGCCUCUGCCCCGUCAACUUUAACGGCCUGAACUGCCACCUCCUGGACUUCGAAUUCCCCGGGGGGCCUGGCCAGGACAUCCCCCCUCCCCUGGUGGAGGAGAAGUGCGAAAUCCCCGGCUGCCCCAGCCUCGCUGGCAACAAGAUCUGCAACAUCAAGUGCAACAACCACGCCUGCAGCUGGGACGGCGGGGACUGCUCGCUCAACUUCAACGAUCCCUGGAAGAAUUGCACCCAGGCCCUGCAGUGCUGGAACUACUUCAACGACGGCAAGUGCGACGUCCAGUGCAACAACAGCGGCUGCCUCUACGACGGCUUUGACUGCCAGAAGGUUGAGCUGCAGUGCAAUCCUCUCUACGAUCAGUACUGCAAGGACCAUUUCUCCGACGGCAACUGUGACAAGGGCUGCAACAGCGCCGAGUGCGAAUGGGACGGCCUGGACUGUGCCAACCACGUGCCCGAGAGGCUCGCCGAUGGCACCCUGGUCAUUGUGGUCCUCAUCAGCCCCGACGUCCUGAGGAACGACUCUCUCAACUUCCUGCGGGAGCUCAGCCGGGUCCUGCACACCAACGUGGUUUUCAAGAAGGACGCCAAGGGGGAGUCCAUGAUCUUCCCUUAUUUCGGGAAUCCGGAAGAGCUGAAGAAGCACCGCAUCAAGAGGUCAGCGGACGGCUGGCCGGACGUGUCCGAAGUGGUGGUCAGCGUGACGGAAGCUCUCCACUCGACGCUCAGCCGGAGGCCAAAGAGAGAGCUGGACCAGGUGGAAAUCUACGGGUCUAUCGUUCACCUGGAAAUCGACAACCGGCAAUGCAUCCAGGCCUCCUCUCAGUGCUUCCAAAGUGCCAACGACGUAGCGGCAUUCCUGGGCGCCUUGGCCUCCAGCGACAGCUUGGACAUUCCCUACAAGAUCGAAGCCGUGAAAAGUGAAACCGCCGACCCGCCCAGCAGCAGCCAGUGGUAUCCUAUGUAUGUGGUGGGACCGCUUCUCUUUCUCCUCUCCUGCAUUGGCAUCGGCGUUUUGGCAACUCGCAAGCGGCGCAGGGAACAUGGGCAUCUCUGGUUCCCGGAAGGCUUCAAAGUGAACGAAUCCAGCAAGAAGAAGCGCCGGGAACCGCUGGGAGAGGAUUCCGUGGGGCUGAAACCCUUGAAAAAUGCUUCAAAUGGGACCCUGAUGGACGACAACCAGAACGAGUGGGGCGAUGAAGAGACUCUGAACACCAAGAAAUUCCGAGUCGAGGAACAGGUGAUGCUGCCCGAUGACCAGACUGACCACAGGCAGUGGACGCAGCAGCAUCUGGACGCAGCCGACCUGCGCAUUUCCUCCAUGGCCCCCACCCCACCCCAGGGGGAGAUCGACGCCGACUGCAUGGAUGUUAACGUCCGAGGGCCAGAUGGAUACACGCCCCUGAUGAUCGCCUCCUGCAGCGGAGGAGGGCUGGAGACGGGCAACAGCGAGGAGGAGGAGGACACCCCGGCGGUCAUUUCGGAUUUCAUCUACCAGGGAGCCAACCUGCACAGCCAGACGGACCGCACGGGAGAGACGGCUCUCCACCUGGCUGCCCGUUACGCGCGCUCGGAUGCCGCCAAGCGGCUGCUGGAAGCCAGCGCCAAUGCCAACAUCCAGGACCACAUGGGCAAGACACCCCUCCACGCAGCCGUGUCUGCAGAUGCCCAGGGCGUCUUCCAGAUCCUGAUCCGGAACAGGGCCACCGACUUGGAUGCCCGCAUGCAUGAUGGGACCACCCCUCUGAUUUUGGCUGCCCGCUUGGGGGUGGAAGGCAUGCUGGAAGAUCUCAUCAGCUGCCAUGCCGAUGUCAAUGCUGUGGAUGAUCUAGGGAAGUCUGCCCUGCACUGGGCCGCAGCUGUGAACAACAUGGACGCUGCCCUGGCGCUGCUGAAGAACGGUGCUAACAAGGACAUGCAAAACAACAAGGAAGAGACGCCCUUGUUCCUGGCGGCCAAAGAAGGCAGCUACGAAACGGCCAAAGUCCUGCUGGACAGCUUUGCCAACCGCGACAUCACCGAUCACAUGGACCGCCUGCCCCGGGACAUCGCCCAGGAGCGCUUGCACCACGACAUCGUCCGCCUCCUGGAUGAGUACAACCUGGUGCGGAGCCCCCCCAUGCACAACGGUGGGCCUCUGGGGGGCCCCACCCUCUCUCCGCCCCUCUGCUCGCCGAGCGGCUACCUGGGCAACCUGAAGCCGGGCCUACAGGGCAAGAAGGCCCGGAAGCCAAGCACCAAAGCGCUGAGCUGCAACGGGAAGGAGCCGAAGGGCCUCAAGGCCCCCCGGAAGAAGUCGCAGGAGGCCAAGGCCUGCCUGCUGGAUGGCUCCGGCGUCCUCUCCCCGGUCAACUCCCUGGAGUCUCCACAUGGCUACCUGUCGGAUGUGGCCUCCCCGCCUCUGAUGACCUCCCCCUUCCAGGCCUCCCCUGCCAUGUCCCUCAACCACCUGCCCGGAAUGCCGGACGGCCACCUCAGCAUCAGCCAACUCAACCUGGUCGGCAAGGCAGAUCUGGGCCCGAUGCAGCCCUUUGAGCAGCCGGGGGCCCCUCCUCGCCUCUCCCACCUACCCGUCUCCAGCGCCAGCGCCCUCCUGGGCAGGGCCUCGCUCAACUUCGCCGUCGGCGGGAGCCAGUGUGAGUGGCUGAACCGCCUGCAGAACAGCCUGGUGCCCGGGCAAUACAACCCGAUGAGGAGCGCCCUCCCGCAGGGCACACACCCCGCCAGCCAGGCCCUGCCCCAUGGGCUGCUGGCGUCCCUGCACAACAACCUCCCCGGCACAAAUCUGGCCCCCAUGAUGGCCUACCAAGCGGUCCCCGGGGGCCUCCUGCCCGCCCACUCCCAGCCACACCUGCUGCAACCCCAGCAGGCGCAGCAGCAGCAGCCGCCGCAGCCCCCUCCGCAGGGCCACGGCGGGGCCACGAACUCUGCCCCCCAAGUGGGUUCCACCUUCCUGGGGAACGAGCUGAGCCAGGCGGAGCUGCAGCCAGCAAUGAACAGCGGUGCGUUGGCGGUCCACGCCAUCCUGCCCCAGGACACCCAGGUGCUGGCGACCUCCCUGCCCCCCGGCCUGUCCCAGGCUCUGGCCACACCCCAGUUCCUGACUCCGCCUUCCCAGCACAGCUACCCCUCCCCCAUGGACCACACACCCAGCCACCCACUCCAGGGGCCCGACCACCCCUUCCUCACGCCCUCGCCGGAGUCGCCGGACCAGUGGUCAAGCUCCUCCCCCCACUCCAAUCUCUCAGAUUGGUCGGAAGGCAUCUCGAGCCCGCCCACCAGCGUGCAGCCUCAGGUGGGGCGCAUCCCGGAAGCUUUCAAGUAAAGGGGGGAGCUGGUUGCACCUGAGCUGCCCUAUGAGAUGGACAGACCCCCCUUCCUUCCCUCCCUUGGCUGAAGUGGAGAAAUCCCUUUUUUCUUCCUCCUUUUUUUUUAAAAAAAAAAUAUUUUUGCAUACAUUGUAAGUUGGAAACUUCACCGCGUUCUUCCUCUUCUUGUAGUAUUUAUUUAUGUACUUUUAUGUGAAAACACUGCCGCUUUAUUUAUAUGUUGUGUUAAGAAUUCCAUGGGCUGCAUUUACUAUUCUAAGAAAUAGAAGG